CCUUCGACACCGACGAGACGAUACAAAAGUAUGUCCAGAAAGGACAAGUCAUCGUCGUCAAGGGUGAUGCUCUCAACAAGGAGCAGAUUCAAGCUGCAUGGCAAGCCGCAAACCAGGACAACAGGGUCGACCUCGUCCUCUUCAGUGUCGGAGGGACACCUACAUUCCACUUGCUAAAAGGGUUCGAGAUCCAGCCACCAAACAUCACAACUCAUGCCCUCUCCAACCUCCUCCAAACCAUCGCAGCCGACCACGGUCACCACCAGAUGCCCAAGUUGGUCGCCAUCACAACUACCGGCGCCACCAAGGCCUCGCACGAUGCUCUUCCAUUCAGCUUCAAGAUCUUUUACAGCUACGCCCUCAACCAGCCGCACGUCGACAAGCUCGGCAUGGAGCGUCUACUCCAGUAUGCGGCGGGGAUGGAGUGGAAGGAAGGGGUAGAGCCUGCUGAGGAGAUCCUCCCGAAAGGAUGGGAGCAACAUUACCCGCCUGCAGGAUGGCUACCCCAGAUCGUGAUCGUCCGGCCGGCUCUCCUCACCGAUGGAGAGGCCAAGCAAAAGUACAAGGCCUCGACGGACGAGUUUGCUUCGUAUACGAUCAGCCGUAAAGAUACCGGCCACUUUAUUGGACAGAGGGUGGUGUCGGAAUGGGAGACUUGGUCCGGGAAGAUAGUGAACGUCGGAAACUGA